AUGGCCACCCACGCAGCGAAACGGCAGCGGAUAUCAAUUGUCCGUCCAUUGGAAGAUCAGGGUAAUGAACCGAGUCGUUUGACUUCGAGUCCCGAUUGCGAGUUUCUUCUCUAUCGAAAUUCUCCGUCAGACACAGAUGUCCAUUCGCAGCAAACCUCUGCCAGCAAUGCCGCACUACCCUCCGAACCGGUCUGUCAGAGGACGGAAUGUUCGAAAUCUUCCCCAAGCAAGAUAUCCAAGACUCGAUCGCUUCACAACUUCUUUCCAGCCGCGAGUGAAACACAAAGAUGGGAUACACACAAGGCUGAAUCGUUCCGUUGGGCUCAGCCAAGAACAGACAAGACAGACAUGAGCGACGACACGAUCGAGGACGGUUACGAUUCUUACGAUGAGCUUUUCUCACACUACAUUGCAGAGCGAAAAGUAACGCCCGAAAAGCGGAUGGAGGCGCCUUUGGCUGCUGGAGAGCGUGCCAAUCAGGCUCAAGCAACAGCUCACGCUUUUCGUUCGCGGAGCUUUGCAAGCAAUCGCAGGCGCUUCGUCGUUCCAUCGGCGUCGGAGAGCAAGCAUCAUGGUUCAUACCCAUUAGCGACCAAUUACGACAGAGACUCCGAGAAACUGCCAUGGGCACAGAAAUAUUCCCCUAUAAAUUUGAAUGAGCUCGCGGUUCACAAGAAAAAGAUUGCCGAUGUACAGAGUUGGUUAUUAGGCGCCCUUUGCGCGUACGAGAAGAAAUUACUUGUCCUCAGAGGCCCCGCAGGAAGCGGCAAAACGACUACAUUAUCGCUAUUGUCGGACAAGCUAGGUUUCGAUGUUCUCGAAUGGAAGAAUCCGUCGGGAUCUGAGUUUGCGGCGAAAGGAUUCACAUCCACAGCAGCCCAAUUCGAAGAAUUCUUGACAAGGAGUAAUAGAUUACGUGGGCUCGAGUUUUAUGGCACAACCGGUUUAUCAGCAAGCAAGAGGAACAGCAGUGAUCAUAUGAGGCCACGUAUCAUUCUCAUUGAGGAGUUCCCAACAGUCUUUGAUGGAGAUUCCCCCAGUUUAGCCGCUUUCCGACUUUCUCUGCAGCGGUAUCUCUCAGUGUCAUCCGAACCGAGAAGCAAUACCCGGAACGAUAUCGAGAGACACGGGAGCUCACCUGUUGUUAUUGUCGUUUCCGAGACCAUGUUGAAUACCGGGGCAUCCUAUUCGGACAACUUAACAGCUCACAGGUUGCUGGGGCCAGCCAUUUUAAGCGAUCCAGGCACAACGAUUGUUGAAUUUAAUGCCAUUGCUCCGACGUUCAUGUUCAAGGCUCUGGACCUGGUUCUCGAGAAGCAUAGCCGCCGAUAUAGAUCAACUAAAAGACCUGGGCCCGCAAUUUUGAAGAGUCUAUCAGAGAUAGGCGACAUCCGGAGCGCGAUCUCUUCACUGGAGUUUCUCUGUCUUCGGUGUGAACGGUUUGAGAAGUAUCCUUUCCCCAAUGCCACGAGAACAGGCCGAGGUAACAUAUCUUUGGCGCCGGUUGAGAAAGAAGCACUGCAAACAAUAACGUACAGGGAGAGCAGCCUUGGUUUAUUCCAUGCAGUCGGAAAAAUCGUCUACAAUAAGCGUGAGGGUCUAAGUUCUACAACCGUCGAUCCUCGGCCACCCAGACCACCAGAUCAUUUAUGUCAUUGCGAUCGGCCUACAGUCUCACUGGUUCCUGUGAACGAGCUUCUAGAGCAGUCGGGAACAGAUACACAAACUUUCAUCAGCGCCCUUUAUGAGAAUUACAUACCAUCGUGCGAUGGCCCUGUUUUUGUCGACUGCAUAAAUGGAUGCAUAGAGGCAUUGUCAGAUAGUGAUGUUUUAAGUGCUGACAAUAUGACAACUCCAGGCAGUUCUUCACGUGGAAGGUACAAGGCCACCCUUGGUCUUGGCAUGUUGCGACAGGAUGAGCUCAGUUAUCAAGUUGCUGCACGUGGUUUACUAUUUUCCCUCCCAUCCCCGGUAAAAAGGCGAAUAACGUCAACGAACCAGAAUGGGAAUGCACAAGAUGGGCAUAGAAUUUUUUUCCCCGCUGAGCUGCGGCGAUUAAAAGAGAAGGUUCAAGUUGAAGAACUUACAAAUUUGUGGAAAACGACAUUAUUACACUCACUCAACGGACUCGGCAGACAAAGCACCAAGUCCUUGGCAGGCCGUUACUUUCAGGCUGGUAGGCAAGCGAUAGUUGCCACUAUGGCAUCCCGCAGUGACUUUUUGUUAUACCAAUUGCCAUACAUGGCUAGAAUUGGGUUCAAUGAGACUGUUUCACGUGAACUUGAUGAGAUUACAUCCAUUCCCAAGCGAAGAACACAAUGUGACCGCCAAGGCAUCGAUGAUACUUUCGACCCUGAGCCCAUGACCACUUAUCGGGCCUCCUCUGUCAGACAGCCUACAAUGCCUGCUAAUGGCCGCAUUUACCGCCAACACAACCUUCCGCCUGUGGUCUCAGACAGGGAGGAUAAAUUUGUCUUGAGCGACGAUGAUAUCGAGGAUGUUUGA